UUUUAUGUUUACAUUUCAUUUCUUGCAACGUUUUUUUUUUAAAAAAAAUUAAUAACAUUUUCAUAAAGUGAACUCAAAGGAAAAAUAAAACAUUUUCAUAAAGGUUAUAUAGAUUUUGAAGUCGGGAGUAUUAUAAUAUUAUAAAUUUCCCUUUUUUGGUUCAUCGUGCUUAGAGAUCAUCGAGUGGGCUGGAUUCUAUAUAUGUUCUUGUACUGGUACUUUACUUAUUCCUUUUUAAUGCCUAACUUUUGACUUUCUCAAAAAAAAAUUCCAACUUUGUUCCCUGUUCCGUCGGAAAUAUGGGCGGAUUAACUGCCAACUCGGCGGCGACUCAAUCACCUGCCGUUUUAGUUCUUGUUCUUAUCACUCUUUUCCACUUCCCCAUUUGGGCAUCCACGGCAGCGAUUCAACAGGAACUCGUCCGUGGCUUCAGAGCCUCGCCGGACAUGGCGGUCCAGUCGUUUCAGCCUCUCUUAAACGAUCCGAGCGGAAACUUCUCACUGGGUUUCCUCCGAGUCGACGGGACUCUGCUCGCCGUCGUGAUUGUCCACGUGGCGUCGUCGGAGACAAUCUGGACCGCUAAUUCCACUACCUUUCCGGCCUGGGCCGACCGGACUCUGCUCCGGUUCGAUGGCGGUUUCGUACUUUCGGAUACAGAUGGGAGGACAUUUUGGUCAACUGACACCGCUGGAGACCGGGCCGUGUUACUUAACUCGUCGAAUCUGCAAAUUCAGCUCCGCCGUGAUCCGGCUGUGGUUCUGUGGCAGAGUUUCAACUUUCCGGCGGAUACCCUCGUCGAGAAUCAGAAUUUCAGUUCUGAAAUGGUGUUGAUUUCUUCGAAUAGAUUGUUUUCGGCUCGAUUGGGGGCCGAUUUUAUUGGAUUUUAUGCAGAUUUUAAUGAAGGGAAGAGUCAAAUUUAUUAUAGACACAGAGCAUUGCAAGCAAAAGCUCAGAUAAUUCCUGGCGGUGGACCGGUUCAUCUCCGGCUGAACUCCGAUGGGUAUCUCGGUAUGUAUCAAAACGGUAGCGUUCCGGUGGAUUUGCAAGCCUUUAAUACUUUCCAGAAAUCGGCGAAUGGGUUCCUCCGGCUCCGGCUGGAUUCCGACGGCAACCUCAGAGGCUUCUACUGGGAAGGUUCCAAAUGGGUUUUGGUUUACGAAGCAAUAUCGGAGCAGUGUGAGCUCCCGAGUCCCUGCGGUUCGUACGGUCUAUGCGAACCUGGUUCUGGCUGUUCAUGUCUAGACAACCGGACGGUUUACACCUCCGGCCAAUGUCUCCCAGCGGGUUCCGGCGACUACUGCGGCGCCAGGGUAGCAAAGAACGACUUUUGGGUUCUGAGAAGGAGCGGAGUGGAAUUACCGUUCAAAGAACUAAUGAGCUACCGAACCGGGUUCACCAUGGACCAAUGCGAGAGCUUCUGUGAAACCAAUUGCUCCUGCUGGGGCUCGCUCUACUACAACGCGACCGGGUUCUGCUAUCUGGUCGACUAUCCGGUCCGGACGGUGGUGGCGGUGGCCGACGGGACGAAAACCGGCUAUUUCAAGGUGCGGAAAGCUCCGGCGAGGUCCAAAUCGAAGGUGGGUCUUGAGAUUGGGCUGGGAAUUCUGGCCGGAAUCGUUGGAAUCGUGGUGGCAGUUCUCGGGUUCGCGAGUUUCCGGCAAUGGAAGCGGAGGAGGGGAAUUGGGCGGUUUUUUGAAGACGAUGACGGGUCGGUUUCACCCGGCCCGUAUAAGGAUCUUGGAUCCGCGAGUUUUAAAUCCAUAGAGAUGGGUAGUGGAUUUGGUCGGUGACGUAACGAGUGACGUCUUUUGGGGGUUUAGGGAAUAGGAAAUGAUAAUCUGACCGACAGUGAUGUAGAUGGCAACCAGUUUGCAUACUUGUGGUGGGUCCGAGAUUUUUUUCAAAAAGAAAAAAAAAUUAUAAAUUCCAAUGGAAUGGUUAUCGACACUGAAAAAAUAUAGAUUCUAGUAAGGAAGCUACUAGUUGACUUCAAUAUAUAAUUUAAUUGUAAA